AUGCCUCCCACCGCCGCAACCCGCAUACCUUCCACCACCAACCCUGCCAACGCCCCCCAUGCCUCCGCCUCCACCGACCCAAACGGCAUGCACACCCGCCGCACAACCUCCGGACGUGCCGUCCGAGCCACCGCCGCGCGACCAGCAAACUACUACGCCCGCCCCUUCGGCAACAACGCCAAUGCCGCGCGAGACAACGAGCAAGAUGAAGGCCCGCCAGGCUUCUUUCCAGCCAUCACCUUCUUCACGGACGCUAUUACGGCAUUGCCGAAGGAAGUGAUGCGGCAGUUUACGCUGAUGAAGGAGGUAGAAGCUAAGAUCUGGGCAAACGGGGAGAAGUUUGAGGAAGUGGUGAAUGAGGUUAUGGGGUACCCUGUUCCAUCUAAAGUCGCGAGGGAGCAGCGGGAUGCAAAUCGCGCGGAGGUAGGGAGUGCCGGCAGUGGAGAGUUGGGCGGACAGGUGCCCGGCGGCUUGAUGAGCUUGACGGCGAACAACAGCGUGGUUGGGAGUACUGCGGCUAGUGUGGUUAACGGCGGCAACCCGGCUCAGCUUUCGACGCAGAAUUCGGUUGCGGGGAGUUUUAGUGGUGAAGAGGUUGGAACGCAGGCUGCGGACGAAGAGGACCUGGCGAAGAGGCAGAAAUACCAUGAGUUGCGGACGCUGAUCGCGAACAUGCUGCCGAAUUUGGAUGAGAAGGGUGUUGUGGUGUCCGAAGCGAACCGCAUACUCGCGCGGCAGCACAUGCGUAUCGACUCAGUGAUGCCGUUUCUGGAGCAGGAGAUCAGUGAAGAAGCCAGGCUGGGCAGCAUGACGCAUUGGGCGUAUAGCGACAACAGGCAGAAGAAGCAAGCGACUGGCCCAUCGGCGAACAGAAGAGACGUAGCUGCCACAAACAGCCUGGCGGCCGCGGCGAGCGCGAUACACGAGUCGGACAUUGCAGCCGCUAGGACGGUUGGAGCGCGCGAGGGUCGUGAGAAGCAGAAGGGGAAGAGCAGGGAGCAGCUAGACUCAGACUUUGACGACAGGCCAAAAAAGACACAUGCGAAGGUUGCGAAGGGCAAGCCAGCCGGGCCGGCAGGGUUGGGCAUUUCUGCAAAUGGCGAUCCUGUAAAGAAGAGAAAGGUGGAAAGAGGGUUGGCAGCACCAGGCAUGGAGCGCAUAACGAGCACUAAGGGUGCUAAGGCGGCUGCGAAAGAGGUCUCCAGGAGCACACCAAGCACAGAGCCGGCUAAGAAGGCGAAGACGAAGCCAGCACCUUUAAAGCGGAAGGGCCUUGCUUCGGCCCAGGCCAGUCCAGCGCUCGCCAGCAGUCCGCUGAACCCGACAUUUACUGCAACGAACAUGGAGCCACCGGCCGGUCGUGCACCAGGCGGGCGGAUGCGACAGAGUAGUAAUGCCACGAAAUUGCGCCACGAACAGGUUGCGAGUGAUGAAGGCAGUCGUCCGAUCUCAGCGCCAGGUAAGUCUAACGAGAGGAAGCGCAAGGCACCAGUAGAUGAGGCGGACAAUGCAAAGAAGACGACCGAAGCCAGUGACGGCCAGGCUCGCAAAGGUCCCUCAUCUACGGACGCCGACCGCAGCCAUCCAUCUCGUUCUGGCUCCAAUUCUGGCAAAGCUGGCCGCGGAUCGGCGGCUGGGACGCCUCGAACUGAAGCAUUUCCAGACGUUAGUGGGGCGGGUGCAUUGCAGAGAGCAAGAAGCACGCGAAGCAUGCGCGGAAACCGGGAAGAGAGUGAGUCCGAGCCUGGAGCUGGUGUUGAAGACAAGCCAAUCAAGAUGCUGCACAAGAGGCAAGCUAGCAAUUCGCACCUUGUCAAGCAAUUGGCCAGCUUCAACCGCAGCCCGGAUCUCGAUCGUCAUUUGGAUGAAGACAGCGACGAGGAUGAUCACAGCGACGAAGCGGUGGAGAGGCGUAGACUGCGCCGCGAGAAAGCCGCUGAGCUUAGGGAGCGGGAGGGCUCGAGCAAGUCGCCGAGGAAGAAGAGGCCGGUGUCGAGGCGCAAUACGCUGAACCAGGGUACGGCAUCAUCACCGGCUCCUCCUGGAUAUGAAGGAGAAGGUAAUGAUGAUGACACCAUGAUGCCUGACGCGCAAGCGGACAACGCGUCAGUCACAUCUCAGCGUGAGGAAGACGCAGACCCAGACACCACCGUGCCAGACCUUGAACCUCCCCACCCCUCGUCUCCACCAACCGCCACGGCCCCCUCAUCACCCCGCUCCUCACCAACCCCCGAACCCCUCUCGCCUCCCCAGCCCACCACAACCGAGCAACCCGACUCCCCCAUCUCCCGCGACGACAACGCUCAGGACGCCGACGACGACGAAGAAGGCGACCCCGACGACCCGGACGAGCCCAAGUACUGCUACUGCGACCGUGGAUCCUACGGCGAGAUGAUUGCUUGUGACAACGAGCAGUGUCCGCGGGAGUGGUUCCAUUUGGGGUGUACGGGGUUGAGAGAGCCGCCGGCGGAGGAGGAGAAGUGGUUUUGUCGGGUGUGCGCGCCUAUCUUUCUUGGGCAGGGGAGGGGGAGUAGGGGGAGAGGCGGCAGAGGGAGGGGGAGAGGGUGA